CUGCCUGCCGCCGCCUCCCUCCGCCCGCCGGCUGGGUGCUGAAGUUGGGCGGAUGGCAGCAGAGCAGCUCCGCUAGGGACGAGCCGCCGCAGCCCUUCCCGGGAUCGCUCAGCGCCAACUGCACGCAGCCGGGCGGGGCCACUUGGGCACUGAAGUAGCUGAAAUGAGAAAGAGGCAGCAGUCACAAAAUGAAGGAGCAUCAGCUGUGUCUCAAGCACCUGGAAACCAAAGGCCCAACAACACAUGUUGCUUUUGUUGGUGCUGUUGCUGCAGCUGUUCAUGCCUCACUGUUAGGAAUGAAGAUAGAGGAGACAGUGCAGGAAGGCCAACACAUACGACCAAAAUGGAGAGUAUCCAAGUCAUAGAAGAAUGCCAAAACCCUACUGCAGAUGAAAUUUUGUCUUGGUCUCAGAAUUUUGACAAGAUGAUGAAAACACCAGCUGGGAGGAACCUUUUCAGAGAGUUUCUUCGAACAGAGUAUAGUGAGGAGAACCUGCUUUUCUGGCUUGCGUGUGAAGAUCUAAAGAAGGAACAGAACAAGAAAGUUAUUGAAGAAAAAGCAAGACUUAUAUAUGAAGAUUACAUUUCUAUACUAUCACCAAAAGAGGUUAGUCUUGAUUCCCGGGUGAGAGAAGUGAUCAACAGAAACUUGCUGGAUCCCAGCCCUCACAUGUAUGAAGAUGCCCAACUCCAGAUAUACACCCUAAUGCACAGAGACUCUUUUCCAAGGUUUUUGAACUCUCAGAUUUAUAAGUCUCUUGUUGAAAGUAUUACAGGCUCUACUUCUGAAACUUAGUUUUAAUUUUCAAACAAAAUAACUUGAUUUUUUUGGGGUGGGUGGGAUGGAAGAAAAGUAGUUUAAUAACAUCUGGAGCUGGGUUCCUGGAGAACUACAGUUUAGCACUACUCAGGCUACUGUGAAGAAAACAAAUACAUAUUAUGGUCUCUGUCUACAUUUUUACCAAGGUCCUCCUUGCUUGAGAUGGCAUGGGAGGGGAGCAAUGGAUUUGCCAAAAUACAUUUGUUUCACACUCCUUUCACCCUACUGGAGUCAAGAUUGCAAUGAUGUAUUUGUAGUUUUAUGAACAGUCUCCUUGUGUAUCCUCACACUGCAUGUGCAAGGUAAAACUGCUUCACUUAUCACUUAGUUGUUGCAAUAUUUAAUCCAAUAACAUAAAUUAUAUCUGUAUUUAAGAACUUUUUUUGUGCAAUACAGUCUUAUGGUACAUAGAAACAAUUGCAGCAAACCAGAAAGAGGCUUGCAUUUUUUAACAUCACUAACUGAAAAAAGCCAAUUUUUAAGGUGUAGCAUUACUAAACAUGCUCUACUGAGUACAAUACACUGACUUUUUGAAGCCAAUAUUUCUGUACAGAAAAGAAGAGCUAUUUAUCACUGUUUAUUUAAAACAAAUCAAGCAGAGGAUUCCUCUGGUUGUUCACUGCCAAAACUGUGGCAUUUUCAUUACAAAGUUUGCAAUGUCAAAAAAAAAGAAAGAAAAAAAAAGAAGAAAAAAAAAAGCACAAACCACUUAAAGGGAUCCAUAUCUGGGUGACACAGUCUAUGCGCUGAUAUUGUUUAAUUGUUAAAAGAACAAAGAUUUUCAAUGUACAUUUCAGAUGUCAGAUACUGUAAUUGAUUUAUUAAAGACUGGCUAUCCAGUUCUAACACUGUUGUAUAAUGUUAUGUAGUUCAGAAAAAAAAAAACAACAAAAAAACACAAAAACCACGAAAACAAAAAGAAAAAACAAAAAGCUUGAUAAUUUAGUUUUUUGAAUAAAGGAAUUUAAUAAAAGAUUGCCUACAUGUAGCAUUUUAGAGCAUUUUAGAACAUUUUGAUGAAUUGCAUCUGUCCUGUAAGAUUAUUUUUUUUCCUGAAAGCUAAAUCCGGUAAAAAAUGUUUUUAAACAAAGUAAUGUUUUACGAGGUGGCGGGUUAAAGAAGGCUUAUCUUAGCUUCUAGCCUCAUUGAUUUUGAGUAACUCCUUGAAAACAAGGGGUUUCAAGAGUAAUAUUAAACCAAACUUCAAGGGCUCCUAAACCCACAGUCCUUACCCAAGCAAAAUGCCUAUGGAAACGCAACGGGUGUCUUUCCUGGGUAAAGAAUCCUGUACUGAGCCCUUAAUCAGAGCUAAGGCAGCACAGUACUCCCAUUGCUUGGCUGCCAUGGUGUUUUUAAUAGGUGUUUGCUUGGCCUUUUUGUCAAAAAUGUCCAAUUUCAGGAUGCAUUUUGAUGUUUAAAGAGACAGUGACUUGGAACUUAAAAAAAACCAUCUUCAUAGCUACCAUAUACAAGCAAAAUGAGCAUUAGCAUCCUUCACAAACUGCUAUAGAUAUACCAAGAAAUGGCUUUGAAUACUUGUUAAAAAUAUAUAUAUAUACAUGUAUGUAUGUAUGUAUGUGUGUAUAUAUAUAUUUAAUACUAACAGCUCUGGUCUUAUACUAAGACUUAAGAGGCAAGGUUCUUCUCGCUUACAUAGGACUAAACAUGGCAUAAGCCCAUUGCUUUCAAUGGUGACCAGAAGGUCUGGCAGUUGUGUCCGUGAGUUGAAUCUAGCCCCAACACACUUGGCUCCAACCACCCAGUUACUCCUUGCAGGCAGCCUCCGGUGCCAGCUUUCGCUGGAGCCGCUGCUGCCCAGGCGGAUCUGCUGCUAUACAGUAACUGGUAGGACGCAGGUCUUCGUUUAUCUUCUGGGGCUUAUUUUUUUCCUUUGUUUUACUACCUCUCAUUUUUUUAAUUUAUUGAACAUGCUUCAAAUAGCAAGUCUGGGGAAUUUUUUAAUCAUUCUUUUUACUUGAAACCUGUGUGCUUUUUUUGGAUAUAUAUAUACAAAAAAUUUAACGAACUGUUUCUUAAACUCAUUUGGUUUUGUAAUUUAUAUAGAAUUCAGGAGAUGAUUAAAAGGGCUAUUCUCUAUUCCCUAUGCAAAUAUUUUAACUGUUGUAGUGUUUGACAAAAUGGGAUCUAAAAAAAAAAUCUGCAAAGUGGAAAACAAAUCUGUUUACAGUGGCGUUGCUGACUAUCCUACCAUAUUCAGCACUUUUAAAUAUUGUUAUUUAUGAAAAUGUAGUUUAAAAUGCAAGACAAAAUAUUUAUAAAUGUUUCUUUUAAUAAAUACCUGUUUUGUCUGAAAGUGUUAUUGUGUUAUGACAACUUUAUUCAUGUUGGUUAGCUACUUACCAUUAUGAAUAAAACAUUCAAUUAUUAUACUG